CGGUUUCCCUAAUGUAAUCGGUGUGAUUGACUGCACACACAUUGCAAUAAAGGCGCCAUCGGUGGAUGAAUUUGCGUAUGUCAAUCGCAAAAACUUUCAUUCCAUCAACGUGCAGAUCAUAUGUGACGCACAGAUGCGCUUCACAAAUGUUGUGGCAAGGUGGCCUGGCUCCACCCACGACUCCUUCAUCCUCGCCAACAGCCUGAUGGGGAUGAGGCUCCAAGCUGGCAGGGUGCGGGAUGGAUGGCUCCUUGGUGACAGCGGCUAUCCACUGAAGGGGUGGUUGAUGACCCCCCUCACCAACCCCCAGACUGCCCGAGAACUCGCUUACAACCACGCUCAUACCAUCACUAGAGCUGUUGUAGAGCGAGCGAUCGGGCAGCUGAAAUGUCGGUGGCGCUGCCUGGACAGGAGCGGGGGGAUGCUGCUGUACCGCCCCGACAAGGUGGGCCGCAUCAUUAUUGCUUGUGCCACCUUGCACAAUCUGGCGCACCGCCAUGGCGUCCCACUGGCAGAGGUGGAGGAGCCGGCAAACGAGCCAGAGCCAGCACCCCCCCUUGUGCAACCUCAUGCAGCUGCCAUUCGGGCCCGACAACGUGUCAUUGACACACUAUAGAUGGGAAACUCAGUCAAGGUUCAUUUUUUAACGUUUUAUUAUUGUAUUAUUUUAGUAGUGAUCUGCUCCAGUGAGUCAGCAAUGCGUGACAUGGUUGCAUUUAGUUGGUCAAUUCCCCGACUGAUCCUGUCGUGAAUAUCCAGGACCGCCUGCGUCAGCAUGAGGCCGGUCGGACGGGCCUCAGGAUCGGAGGCAGCGGUGGCGCGGGGUUCCUCAGAUGGGAGGGAGGAGGCUGUGACCCCCGAGGUUCCCGGUUCGGCAUCAUCUGAAUAAAAUUGUAACAAUA